CCUCUUCCUCCUCGCUUUCGUCACUGGGAAGGGCAACGAGCUCGUCCUCGUCUUGCUUUCUCUUGCGCGAUGACAUGGCUGGAACAGGUUUUGGCGGUGCAAAUCGAGGUCAAUGGGGCUUCAGGGGUGUGAUUUUCGCGGGCGAGGGAGAGAAAAGCGAUCAGUGUCGUUCCCUGGAGGAUGUGUGAGGGAGAGAGAAAGUAAGGGGGAAGGGAAAAGCUGGGGGGAACGUUGGGUGUUGCGCUUGAGAACGGCUACUGAGGAAGGGGGGAAGGGCCAAAGGUGGGAGCGAGAGGUCCGUAAGCUGGGAGCUGGCCAGCAAAGAGAGGGGGCGGAGGGGAGCUCUAAGCUUGCUUGCGUGCGACGUCCGCCCAUUGUGCUGGUUGCUGCUCCUCGCUCGUCCAGCUGGCAGCGAGCACGACUGGGGGAAGUAGGCUGGCAGGGUGGGCCUCCCUCUUGUCAUUGUGGGUCGCGCUGGGAGAACCACCAAGCUGCGGGUGAUGAGUGUGGUACUCGGAUCACUUGCUGGCCAAAGCUGCGAUCUGGGCCGAGAAGCUUCAUCGGGAAUAGACACGAAAUGACGAUGGCUGGUUGGCUGUCUCUGCGGGAAGCGAAGAGCUCAGACCUUCCCACGAGCUUAUCCCUGCAGGACGCAGCUCGCAGCAGCCUUGCCCUGAAAAGGGAUCCCAAAAAGGAAAAUCGAGCUUGACGAGCUCUGGGUUUGCGCCAAAAAAUCGGGGAUAGUCGAAUCCGAUCCAUCACGUGAAGAGUCGUGGGCGAAGGUGAGGGGGAGCGGUGGGGUUUCUUCCUCUAAAAUGAUGGCCGUCAUCACAACUGGAAAAAGCAAACGGCGCAACGGCAUGCUCGCAAGCGUGCCCUUCGCAUCAUCCCUUCCCUUCCCGUGCCGUCGUCGAUCACCAAUCCGCAACCAACCCCCAGCCUAGUGAAGGCAGCCCUAUUUGCACAGUCGUCGUGCGAAUGAGGAUUCACGAUGGAGUGCGUCCAUAAUCAUCAGAGGCCUGCUUGUUUUAGCAAACGGAACAAGAGGCCGUGGAAUGACUAUUAUCCUAGAUAGUGAGCAACGAGCGGCGUUUUCGAC